AUGCCCCGCCUCUCGGAACGCCUCCCCCUGCCCGCGAUCGAGCUUGUCCUGUUCUACCUCGGCACCGCGCCGUCCAGCGAUUCCGGCGACCCCGGAGACGAUGAAGACAUCGCGAAGAAAUCCUCCGAUUUCUUCGCUCUCGAGCGCGUGAAGGACGUGUGCAGGGCGAGCGCGGUCGCGCGCUCGUGGCGCAGCGCGUCGAGCGCGCCGUCGAUAUGGCGCGCGAUGCUCCGGCGGUGGUUCGACCAGGAAGACCUCAGCGCGAUGGACCCGCGCGUCGCGGCCGCUGCCGAGCGAGGACGAGACGGCUUCAAAGAGGUUCACGCGCAGUGGAAAUCGGUUCCCACGGGGAUGGCCAGACGAGCCGCGCGCGCGUGGCGAGGCGUCGUCGAGCCGCUGACCGAGGAGAUCCCUAAGCUGCGUCUCGAAGACGGCAUCAGCGCGAUUGACGCGGAUUACAAGUGGGAAACAGUCACGGAUCACGUGAAACUCGCGGACGGCGAGCGCGUGCACCCGAGCGUCGUCGCGUUGUACUCCCUCCACGACGGCCAGGACGAGUCUCGGCUGUUCGACCCUGCAAACCCAGAUGCCCGCCCUCGUGAAGAGAUAAUAGAAAUGUUAGUCCGCAGUCUGUUCGGGGGAUACUCCUUUUACAACGAGUGUCGGUUGACCAUGUUCCUGACUUUGAAGCGUGGGUUUAUCGAGCGCCUCGAUGAAGUCAGAUGGCGGUUGAAGACCAUGUCUGAACCUGUUCCAGUUCCAGUUCCAGGUUCCGAAACACCUCCGAAAUACCUUGACGAAGACUUCAAGAAAAUUCUGAUCGCGUACGCGCCGGGCAUCACACUCCCCAACCGAUACGUCUACGCGGACGCGCUCAGCGGCGAGGUGUCGAUCGGAUGGCAAAUGGAAGAUUUGGCGGGCAUCGCUCUCAUGGGGUUGCGUCUGGAGAUGGACGUCUUGACGUGGUUUGAAGAGUUCUCGCGACGCGUGAGGCUCGGCAUUUACCGGGUGUGCGACAGCCCGUGUGUGUUAAUCCCGAACCAGGCCCCUGGGGCCCGAUUUCCUCAACUGUCGCUGUUCCCGUGUGAACCGUACGUCGACUCGGCCUUUCGUGUUGAGCCCGAGUGCACGGUAUACACGGCCGUCACGAACGGCGUGCGCGUUCGCGUGUCGUCGAUUUUCGUCCCGGAGAAGUCGGAAUGGGGGCCGGGUGGUUCGAGUGGAGGAGAAUACCAGGUUAACUUCGUCGACGGUCAGCCCAUGAGCGACCUGCACGAAGGCUUCUUCACGUACCGCGUGCGAUUUGACCUCCUUCCAGACGCGCCGAUCGCGUCGUGCCAGCUCAAGUCGCGGCGGUGGGUGAUCAAGAAUUUGAGCAAUUUCGUGGAAGACGAAAUCGUCGAGGGCGAGGGCGUCGUCGGCGAGUUUCCGUUCCUCAGGUGCGUCGUCCUAAACGCUGGUUCCCAACGACCGCGUAUCUUUCCUCGUACCCCUCGACCGUGA